AUGUCCGGAGAGAAGCGACCUGCUCAAGAGGCCUUCGGGUCAUCUAGCCAGCUCGUCGUAAAACGGAAGAAGUCUGACGCUGGUCUGAACGAUGACACCGCUCUGGUGAAAGGAUCGUCGUCCCAAAAUGGAGCUCUUGUACAGGCUAUCCCCCGCACCAGUGGACUUGAAGCUCCGAUUAUGGAACUCAACGUGCUAUGGAACACAUACGGACAAUGUGAAAACUAUGGCAUCCUCUCCGGCCACCGAGGAGCAGUGCUUGACCUGCAGUGGUCGCGCGAUUCGCGGACGAUAUUUUCCGCUUCGGCCGACAUGACACUUGCGAGCUGGGAUUUAGAGACCGGACAACGGAUACGGCGGCACGUGGGCCACGAGGAGAUCAUCAACUGUCUUGACAUCAGCAAACGCGGCCAGGAGCUUCUGGUCAGCGCGAGCGACGACGGCUGCAUCGGCAUCUGGGAUCCCCGACAAAAAGACGCGAUCGAGUAUUUGGAAACCGAACUACCCAUUACCGCGGUGGCUCUGUCGGAGGCCGGAAACGAGAUUUACAGCGGCGGCAUUGACAACACCAUCCACGUGUGGGAUCUGCGGAAGAAAGCCGUGACCUAUUCCAUGCUCGGCCACACGGACACCAUCACAUCACUUCAGAUCUCGCCGGAUUCUCAGACACUGUUGUCGAACUCGCAUGAUUCGACGGUGCGCACGUGGGACAUCCGACCAUUUGCCCCGGCAAACCGGCAUAUCCGCACGUUUGAUGGCGCCCCUGUCGGUCUGGAGAAGAACCUGAUCCGCGCCAGCUGGGACCCGAGUGGUGAUAAAAUUGCCGCUGGAAGUGGUGAUCGGAGUGUUGUUGUAUGGGAUUCGAAGACUGGAAAGCUCUUGUAUAAGCUUCCUGGGCACAAGGGCACGGUCAAUGAUGUUCGGUUUUCGCCAAACAAUGAGCCUAUCAUUGUUUCUGGGUCUUCCGAUCGGACGUUGAUGCUUGGUGAAUUGGGUAAAUGA